UUUCCUUAAGGCAGCCGCGGCCCCGGGGCCUCACUCAGUCCUGAGUUUUAGCGCCCGGGAGCAGCUCCGGCUGGAACGUGCUCCCGCUCUAACUCGGCGUCAAGCAAAGAGAACGAGUCUUCUUUUUUUUCUCCCCCUAUUUCUUUUUUUAUUAUUAUUAACCCCCCCCCCCUCACUGCAAUUUUAUAGUACCCCCCCCUUUUUCCCCUCCCCUCCUCCUCCUCCUCCCCUUUCCCGCGGCCCGAACCCCGCGGAAGGAACUGCGCGCCCGCACAGAAUCGCUCAGCGGGGACCAAUGACGCUGCAGCCGGCAGAGCGAAGCCAAAGCAGCCCUUAAGAAGAACUCCAAUUCCCCGACCGCUCGCCCGCUGGAUUACUAUAUUAUUCCGAGUGACUGAAGCAGGCGGCGCGGAAUUGGAUCACAACAUUCCUGAUUAUAAUAUUAUAUAGCCGCCGGUGCCUGCGACGCUUCGGAGACGUGGUAUUAAUAAUUUUUAAUAAUAAUAAUUUACAGCGAGAGAAACAAGGUGACCCGUCUCGAGGGGAAGGGAAACGCUUACUGGCGCAAGUCAACGGGAGUCCCCUCCUUGCGCGGUGUUCCAGCCGGCGAGACAGCCAGCCAGCCCGCCCGUCCGUCCGCCCGCCUGCCCUGCCAGCCAGCGUGCGUCCGGGGUGCUUGUAAGAAGGGAGCAUUGCCCCAGCUGAAGCUUUUUUACUCCAUCAUCGCGCGUCUCUCCGGGUCCCCCUUCCACCGCUCCCGCCGUCCUUUGCCAUACCACUCGCCUCUCUCUCUCUCUCUAACCAGCCAGCCAGAUCCCACAGCUUUUUGUUGCCCAAAGCGCAGCCAGCUAGCGGGAGUGAGCCAGCAAGAACAGCCCAGCCAGCUCAGCUACUCCAUGUUCGGCAUCCAAGAGAGUCUACCGAGGGGCGGCUCGGGGCUCAAAGAGGAGCCGCUGGGAGGCGGCAUGCCCACCGUGCGCUCCUGGAUGCAUUCCGGCGUGGUGGAUGCCAGCACCGCGGCGCAGAGUGGCAUUGCGCUAGCGCGGGCCCACUUCGAGAAGCAGCCGCCCUCCAAUCUGCGCAAGUCCAACUUCUUCCACUUCGUCUUGGCGCUCUACGACCGCCAGGGCCAGCCCGUGGAGAUAGAGCGCACGGCUUUCGUGGACUUCGUGGAGAAAGAUCGGGAACCCAACAGUGAAAAGACAAACAAUGGAAUUCAUUACCGGCUACAGCUGUUGUACAGUAAUGGUGUGCGGACGGAGCAAGAUCUGUACGUCCGACUCAUCGACUCCAUGAACAAACAGGCCAUUGUCUAUGAAGGGCAAGACAAGAACCCCGAAAUGUGCAGGGUACUGCUCACGCACGAGAUCAUGUGCAGCCGCUGCUGCGACAAGAAGAGCUGCGGAAACCGAAACGAGACGCCGUCAGAUCCGGUGAUAAUAGACAGAUUCUUUCUGAAGUUCUUUCUGAAGUGCAAUCAGAACUGUCUGAAAAAUGCCGGAAACCCGCGGGACAUGCGCCGAUUUCAGGUGGUUGUCUCGACGACAGUCCACGUGGACGGCCAUGUUCUCGCUGUGUCAGACAACAUGUUUGUGCACAAUAACUCCAAGCACGGGCGGCGAGCCCGCAGAAUCGACCCCUCCGAAGGUACGCCUCCACCGUCUUAUCUCGACAAUGCAGCCACACCGUGCAUCAAAGCCAUCAGCCCGAGUGAGGGCUGGACGACCGGCGGUGCGACAGUCAUCAUCAUCGGAGACAACUUCUUUGACGGGCUCCAGGUCGUCUUUGGCACCAUGCUGGUGUGGAGCGAGCUCAUCACGCCCCAUGCCAUCCGAGUGCAGACGCCACCCCGGCACAUCCCUGGCGUGGUGGAAGUCACCCUCUCCUACAAGUCCAAGCAGUUCUGCAAGGGUGCACCAGGGCGCUUCGUGUACACUGCUCUGAAUGAGCCAACAAUUGACUAUGGGUUUCAGCGGCUUCAAAAGCUCAUCCCUCGACAUCCGGGGGACCCAGAGAGGCUUCCCAAGGAAAUUAUCCUGAAGCGAGCAGCCGACAUCGCCGAGGCUCUGUACAGUGUUCCGCGCAACCACAACCAGCUGCCGGCCAUCAACAACUCCCCUCCCGGCCUCCCAGGCAUGAUGGGCAUGAACUCCUUUGGAGGGCAGCUCGCCAUCAGCGUGUCCGAGGCCUCCCAGGCCGCUGACCAGGGGUACACGCGCAACAGCAGCAGCGUCUCGCCGCACGGCUACGUGCCGAGCAGCACCCCGCAGCAGUCGCAUUACUCGUCGGUGAGCAGCAGCAUGAACGGCUACGGGGUGAGCGGGGGCAUGGGAGGCCUGGGCAUGGGGGCGUCGCCCGGCUACCUGACCAGCUCCGGCGGCUCUCCCUACGGCAGUACGUGUCCUGCGCCCCUCUUUUCAUCGGUGAAACAGAAGAGUGCAUUCGCCCCAGUGGUCCGGCCGCAGACCUCCCCUCCCCCGACCUGCACCAGUGCCAACGCCAACGGUCUGCAAGGUGUGCUGUACUAUCAGAACAAGCUGAAGAGCGAUUACAACUGCUCUGCCGCUGUCUUUAACCACUCGACGAAUUGACAAUGCCUCCAUGGCAACCGCAGUGUAACAAAAAACAAAUUCUCGUGCGCAAAAAAUUGUGACCCACCCCAAAAGACUGAGAGAAUUUCGCUGUCGGGGGGGGGGGGGGGAAUAACAAAAAAAUACGCACAGGCAACUUACCGAACACUUAGCGUACGACUGCCCUGUGUACCGUGCACACUGGACGGGUCUCUCCUUGCUCUUCUGCACAACUGCAUUUCAUCAAAAUCGAGCACUCUUUGGCAUACAUCAUAAUUAUGAUGAAUUACAAGAUAAUGACAUUUUAUGUUUCUUCUGAUGCCCGUACGGUCUCCGUUUUCUAACUUCGAGAGGAUCACUUGCCAUUUUUUUCUGCAUUAAAAAACGUUACUUGAUGUAAAAUGUGUACAAUAUUUCGCGAAAUAUUUAAAAGAAAAAUAGUGGUUGGAUUACCAGCAUGGACGUGUAGCCAAACGUUUCAAUCAUGCUGAUUGGUUGGGAAUUAUUUUACAUGUGAAGGUUGUGACCAUUUACAUGUUGUUAUUUUUUUAAUUAUAUUUAUUUAUUUUCAUUUCAUCAACCUGAAAUAAAUUUCUGAAAAUUUGUUUUGGAACAAGCGUCACAUUAGUAGAAUUUUAAAAUAAUUAUAUACAUAAACAUGACUCAUUAAGUGAAUGAAAAUAAUUUAAACUGAAGUAUAUUUCUUUUUGUCGGUGCACCACGUAAGUGUAAAUUGCAAUGUCUGAAACUCUAGAUGUCCUCCUCGACGCAACUCGUCAAGUGUAGAUUAAUUAGCAAACGAAUCCGGCCUCUUUUUCAAAUACCAGCUUCAGAGUAGCAAAGUUGUAAAUAUGUUGGGGUAUUUUUUACUUGUUAAAUGUUAAACUCUUUUUUUUUGCUAAAAUAUUUUACUCUGCGUUGGAUACAUCAUUUUUCAUUUGCGCUAGCAAUGCUUUCCCAUGAGUAACAGAACAAGAAACAGUUUUAAGCACGUCGGCCUAAUACGUUGCCAUUAGGGCUUAUUGGGAGGAAUUUGAGAGGUGCCUGUUCGUUAAAAGCUAGGCAAUCUCGCCUUGUCAGAUGGCGAUGUUUUGUCUCAGUCGACGCAAGACCUAACGGGCUCAGUCGUGUUUUGUCUAAUGGAGUAACUGUGCUUGCUCUCCUGGGAGGCCGAAAAUACAAGUGCAUCUACUGCUGUCAAGAUGGCCCAGAAAUGAAACCCGCUACACUCUAUCUAUAAUAUAUGUAGCAACAAUAAGUUUUAUUUCGUAUGCAAACAAGCAUCUUAUAUAUUUUUUUGUUGCCUUGAUAAAUUUAUAUUCUGUAAGUGCACUUUUCAAACAUUGGUAGGAUUUUAUCUGUCAAAUUUUCGAUGUGAUGUGUUUUCUGCAUUUGGAAAGAAAAAUGUGAAAUUUCCCAAACAGAAGUUUGUCGUCUGUUUUCCGAUGUAUUCUAGAGUUGCGUAAAGUCAGUCAUUUACAUGUAAAAGAAAAUGCAACCGUGUGAUUCUCUGGGUGUGAUUCUAUAUAAACGAGUCACCUGUAUAUUUUGUGUUAUUGAAAUGUGGUGAUUUAAAUGUGUAAAUAUUACGCAAAUGUUUUAGUAGAUCUUAAUUGAUUAAGUACCCUCGUAAAUGUUAUAGUUCUAUUAAAAUAUUGUACACAAGCCUGAUUUAUCUCUUUCACAUUUUUUACAGUCAUGUCUGGACUGGUGGUCCCUCCCAUGUGAUCUGAAUAUCAACCAAUCAGCGCCAAGCCAUGACACUAGAUGGCUGGCCUUACACGAAGGACUAGAGUCAAGUCACCACACUUCAAUUCAGGCUGAAUGCAAGAAAGGAAACAAAAUACUGAAAAUACAACCAUGCUAAAAAUCAAAUUUUACAAUUUUGGCAUUACUGGCAAAAAAGCAUCAGAGCUGAGGACUGUUUACUUCACCUGAUGAUUGCUUCAACGGUGGCCUAAUGAACAUGAAAUCUGUUUUGGGAAACCGAUAUUCAAAAGACUUUGUACGAAAACAAAAAAAAGUGGUACUUUGGAGCUAGAGUUGAAUGUGAAUUCUUAGAUUAUUGUUUAUCACGGUGUUUUUGGGUUGAGAUUGACCUUUUUCAGCCAGAGUUGUGUACGAACCACGAAUGUGUAAAUCUUUAGUUUGUGAUCAGGGCUAGGGCUGUUGGGUGAGGGGUGGGGGGGCAGGGGGGGGGGGAUGUAAGUUAACUUUGGUGAAGAGACACGAUAUAUAAAGUUUCGUUUACAAAAAAACUUCCAUAUUAAAAAAAAUGAAAUAAAAAGUGAAUAAAACAGAGCUUCCUGUGAAACAAAACAAAGAAUGGAAUACGAAGUUUGUAGUGCUGUACAGAAUUGGUACUGUAUUAUGUAAGUAUAUGAUACCUGUAACUUUGUGACGUAUCGCUUAAAAAAAUCCCACAUGUAUGCUGUCCUUAGAGCUUUGGAAAACAUUCCGUAGUGUGUUUAUACGUAGUCAUGAUUAGUGUAGACUCUAUUGUGGUUUCACCAACACUAUUUAUAUUAAAGGUUGAUGUCUUGACACAGAUUUUUUUAGAAAUAAUAACUGGUAAGUCACUUUUAAAAGAAAAAAAAUGAAGUGUUCAAUGUUGAAAAAACUUUCAUGGACCAUUUUUUUAUUGCUUGUAAAUGCAUUUAUAUAUAUUGUAAUUAUUUUUGCCAUUGGUUUAUUUGUGUCUUGUAAAUGGCACGGCUUUAUGCAGGAACUUUGUUUUUUAUAUUAAGUGCUACAAUGUGAGCACUGCAAACCUUUAAAUGUGUUUUUAUUAAUUAUUAUUAUAUUAUUUCACUUUUUUUAAUGCUUCAAUUUGUUGCUUAACCAAACCAGUGUUUAUUUUUUAUAUAUUUUUGUAUAAGUUAUCUGCCAAAAAAGCCUUUUAAUUUUUUUUGUUUGGUUUUGUACGAGCGCAUUUUUGCGUGUUUUCUUCUGUUUGAAGCUAUGGUACUUUGCAGGUAAAGUUGCUUCAUUUCCGUCAUAGCCAUUUCAAAUGUUUGAAGCCAGGCAUCACCUGUGUUGAUGACGUUGUUCAUGAGACAUAUCUGCUUAUUAAACAAAACUGCCUGUAAUUCCGAUGAGAUGCACCUACUACUUUCAUACAUUUCUCUUUAAUGAAACAGAUUUAAACGUGUUUUAGAAAUGUUCAAUUAAAUGGUUGAAUUAAAAAAUA